AUGUCUGACCCUGAUGGGCCUGCGAUUAAUCCCCCGGUGGGAGUCACACCGGACUUCGACAACCCAGGUGGUAGCCAUGUUUUGGGAUACUUUAUUGUGAUUUUCUGCGGGAUUAUAUCAACUUUGGCCGUCCUGUUCCGUCUGGGCUCUAGAUUUGUCUUGCGGAGAAUUAAUAUCGACGAUGUAUUUCUCGUCGCCGGACUAGGCUUCUUCGCUGGGUACGUUUACCCACUUUAUGAAGCUGCGAUCAACCCGGGAGUUCAGGUCCAUUUAUGGAAUGUACGAUUGAGAGAGACAACGCGUCUUUCGUGGCUUAUUCACAUUGCUUCUAUCUGCUAUGGAAUGUCUAUCAUGUUCGUGAAGCUCGCUAUCCUCAUGGAUUGGCUACGUAUCUUUGUUCCCAUGAGACAGCGAAAUGCCAUGUUCUGGGCGAUUCAUGUCUUGAUCUGGUGCAAUGUCGUCUACUACGUCUCUGGAACCUUUCUUGAAAUCUUCCGUUGUUGGCCGACGCGAAAGAUUUGGGACCCCUUUUUUGAAGGUGGCAGUUGUCCUAUUAACAUAGAAGCCAACAAUUUUGCCUCUACCCUCAUCAACCUGGUUUCAGACCUUGGUAUUUUGAUUUUACCGCAAUGGAUCAUAUGGAGACUCAAUACGACGAGAGCUAGGAGACUCGGAGCCGGAAUGGCGCGCUUAGUCUACCUUCUCCAACUCCUUUAUUCCGAUGACGAGCUCUUCUACAUAGUAGAUGUCGGACUCUGGGGAAUUGGCGAGAUCACCGCUGGAUUCCUAAUUAUAGGCAUCCCGGCAGCUCCCAAGGUCGUACAAAGCAUAACGAAUUCCAGCUCAUUUACGUCGCUUAUAAGUCGAUUCCGAACUACGGCUGAGCCUACAUCGAGACCAAGCGGCGACGGACCUAGUCUGAGAACUUGGGGUAGGGGAUCAUCCAAUAAUAGGCGGCGUGGUCUGUGGGAAAUCAGUGAUAAUGAUACUUUCGGCCUAGUAUCCGCACAAGCUGAAGCUGUGCCAAGUGAGGUUGAGCUGGAGCAUCUGCCAAAUCAAAUCAUCAAGAAAACUCAAGUGGAAAUACAACACAAAGAUCAGUCGUCAUCUGAUUAG